UCAAUUAGUGCACAGAAAGAAACAAAAAUCAAUGGCAUAGGCGAAAAUUAUUAUUAUACAAUACAGCAUAUGAAACUGACCUGUGCCCAAUUCCCAAAUUGUGUCACUGGCGCAAUGUUUCUAAAAUGCUGCAGUUGCACAAACCACUAAAUUAGGCGCACAGUUCGGGUUGCACGCUUAGUUUUAACUCCAAUUCAGACUUCCAAUCAGUUGCGAGCUGGCAGCAAGCAAAAUGGCAACAACUGCUGUGACAACAAAAACAACAGGACUAUCAAGUGUCGGCAACACAAACCAAUAUGUGGAGGACAUUGAGUAUUUGCGCCAACUGUUUCGAGCUAAGAAUUUGGUGAAUUUUAGCAUUGGCCAAAUCGCCUGCAGCGCGGGCAGCAGCAGCGGCGACAACUACAUGUCCUUGGUGAAGCGUGUGACAAUCCAUGAUGCGGCGGGCGAUAGCCAAAUGGCUGCCGCUGCGUCUGCCAUCUGCUCAGUCAUCAUCAAGCGUCAAAUUGCUAGCAUCUCGCGCCGUCAGCUGUACCGUUGCGGGGAGGCCUUCACAAAUGAGAUCAAUGUUUAUCAGCACGUUGUACCGUUACUCUGCCGCUACAGUCAGCAGCCGUUAUUUCCGCAAUGCCACAUAGCCGCACUUGACGAUGGAGGCCCGAGUGGCGAGCCCAUCAUUGUGCUGCAGGACCUCAAAGCACUGGGCUUCCGCAUGAAGAAUCGCCUGGCAGGUCUAGAGCUGCGACACUGCCUGCUUGUGAUGAAGAAACUGGCGCAGUUGCAUGCCGCUUCACUGGCCGCACAGCAUUUGGAAUCGGCGCAUUUUGCACAGCAGUGCGCGCACAUGACGGAAAUUGUAUACUGCCCGGAUGCGGCGGAGUUCUACUCUCGCAUACUGGACACAUCGGUGCAGCAGGCGCUAGACAGCCUGAAUGCCUCGAAUGCGGAUGGUAACCUAUCGGCGCCCAUACGCCUCAUCGAGCAGCUGCAACCGAAUCUGUUUGAUCAGCUACACCGAAGCAUAAUUGCGGCGGCAGCAACUCCGUUCAGCGUGAUCUGCCAUGGUGACUUGUGGGUCAACAAUCUAAUGUUUCGUUCGCAGCCCGAGGAGGUCAUCUUUUUUGAUCUACAGGCCAUGAGACGCACCUCGCCCGUGUUUGAUAUACUUCAUUUUAUAUACACCAGCACGCGCCGGCAGCUGCGCGAUGUGCACACGGAUACAUUGCUAGCCGCAUAUGCGGAAGCUCUGCGUAAGGAACUGGGCCAACAGCUGCGUCACACACCGGCGGCCAACCAUCUGGUUGAACUGUGCGAAACCUUCUCGCUGCAGCGACUCAGCGAGGACUAUGUGCGUCACGUGCAUUACGGAUUGGCCAUAUCCAUGUGGAUAUUGCCAGCGGUCACCUUCGAUCCCAAUAACAUACCCGAUCUGGAUGCCAUAAGUGAGCUGAACUUAAAUGGAAAAGAGAUUAAUUGUACGCAGAAGCUGACCACGGAAUAUCAUCUGCGCAUCAGGGAGUUGGCGCUGGAGUUCUACGAGCAUGGUUAUCUGGGCGUGUAA